GUGUUGUUCGACCUGAUGAUACCAAUCCAACUUUACGCAAAUGCAUUUAUUAUAUCAGCCAACUCGUCAUUAAUGAUAAUAAUGUCGGUAAUAGAUUGGGACAUGUAGUGUUUGACAAUGAUGAUGAUGAUGAUGAUGAUGUGAUGACUAUAGUUAUGGUGACUCUAAUGAUUCUAAUGACCCCGACUACUCUGGAUCAUCUGAUGAUGAUUCUAGUGAUGAUUAUGGUUAUGAUGAUUCUUCAGGGAAGAGGAAGAGAACACCAAAGACCAGUAGUAAAAAAACAAUUGCAAGUUCGUCCAAAGGAAUUACUAAUUACUAUUAUAGAUGAAUACAUAGCUGGGGGUCCUUUGGAAAAGUUUUUUCUAGAUAUUAUGAUAAUUAAGUUGUAGCAUGGAAGACUUGUGACACAUAUAAGAAGCAAGGGAUGAAAACGUUAAAACAAGAAGCUCAUAUUUAUUCUGUUUUAAA